AUGCGGUUUCAAUGGAGUCUCCUAAGUCUGGUCUUCCCCGCUAUCGUCUACGCAGAUGCUCUUAACGCAGAAAUCUUAGAUAACAGUGUUACUCCAAUCGAAUGCCUUGUGGUUGGCAUUGAGGUAGAGUUGCUACAUGACAGCCCUUCAGCAACUGCAUUUUGCGAGUCCGUACUUGCACCUGUAACAACUACGACCAGUACAACUACCAAGACGCACUCCAGCUGUGAUUAUACGUAUCCAACGCACCAGGUCAUGGCCGAUGCCAUAUGGAUGGAUCUUGCAGCUUCCCAGAUCACCGAUGCUCCCCAGGUAUCUACACCACCGGCCCUGCUGCCAUACCCAGCUUCUGCAAUCAGCCAAGCUUGCAAGUGUCUCAACAUUCCAGCGUCAGACAUUACAACCCACACCUCUACAAAGACAGCCACCACUACGACUACGCUCUGCCCAAUUCCCACCACCUGCGGAAACGAGGGCGUUCAAUGGGCAUAUUACCAAGACAAUGGGAUUCCCCUGAACACUGCUGUGUGCAGCGGCUCAGCUUAUACCUGGACCCCGGAAGAGAUCAAGGAUAUGACGCCUUCUUACACCAGCACGACUACCUAUCUCUUCCUGGACAGCACCGGCAGUACGGAUAUCUCGAUCUAUGGUUCCACUGAAACUUUUGAAACGACCUACAUUGCUCUUAAUCACCGUGGUUAUAUCUAUGCCGAGGUUUCUGGAAACUAUGUUUUCAACUCUCCCUCAGUAGAUGAUAUCAUUUUCUUCUGGGGAGGACCGAAAGCCUUUUCAGGAUGGGACGAGUCUAAUGCUGAUGCGACCGACUACUACUGUGGACCAGCAGCCACUUUCACCGCGCCACUUCUUUCGGGCCAGUACUAUCCAUUCCGUAUUGUUUAUGCCAAUGCGCAGACCAAUUCGUUGGAGAACAUUACCAUUACUGCCCCUGAUGGUACCGUCAUUCUCGGUUCGAGCACAACAGGUUCACCGUACAUAGUACAGUAUUCCUGCGAUGGGACAUCUGCUCCCCCGUUUCCAGCUUUUGGGCAAGAGACAUAG